GAGCUCAGGAAGCUAAGCUGGUCCGGGAUCCCCAAGCCCGUCCGUGCCGUCACGUGGAAGCUGCUCUCAGGUUACCUUCCUGCCAAUGUAGACCGAAGACCAGCCACUCUCCAAAGAAAGCAGAAAGAAUAUUUUGCUUUUAUUGAUCACUAUUACGAUUCCAGGAAUGAUGAGGUUCACCAGGACACCUAUAGACAGAUCCACAUAGACAUCCCUCGAAUGAAUCCCGAAGCACUGAUACUUCAGCCCAAAGUGACAGAGAUUUUUGAAAGGAUACUGUUCAUAUGGGCCAUCCGUCAUCCUGCCAGCGGAUAUGUUCAGGGGAUAAAUGACCUUGUCACUCCCUUCUUUGUAGUCUUCAUCUGCGAGUACAUAGACGACGAGGAUGCGGACGCCGCUGACAUCUCCCGGGUGCCCGAGGACGCGCUGCGCAACGUGGAGGCCGACACGUACUGGUGCAUGAGCCGCCUGCUGGACGGCAUCCAGGACAACUAUACAUUCGCCCAACCUGGGAUUCAGAUGAAAGUGAAGAUGUUGGAAGAGCUUGUGAGCCGCAUUGACGAGCAAGUUCACCGACACCUGGAUCAGCACGAGGUGAGGUACCUGCAGUUCGCCUUCCGCUGGAUGAACAACCUGCUGAUGCGGGAGCUGCCCCUGCGCUGUGCCGUGCGUCUCUGGGACACCUACCAGUCGGAACCCGAGGGCUUCGCCAAUUUCCACCUGUACGUGUGCGCUGCUUUUCUCGUGAGAUGGAGGAAAGAAAUACUGGAAGAAAGAGAUUUUCAAGAGCUGCUGCUCUUCCUUCAGAACCUGCCCACCACUCACUGGGGUGACGAGGACGUCAGCCUGCUGCUGGCUGAGGCCUACCGCCUCAAGUUCGCCUUCGCGGACGCCCCCAAUCACUACAAGAAAAGGGACCCCCCUCCCCUCAUCUGGCCAUGGUCCUUCCAGCAUCUGCUCGGGGCAGACACUGGGUCCCGGGACACUGAGUCCCGGGCCCACCGCUCCUGCUCCUGGGACCCAGGACAUGCCCACGCGUCCCACCCCCCUGCCCCGGGCACUCCGGCCGCCUGUCCUCCUGUGUCGGUGAAACAAGGCUCCAUGAGCCCCGGCUUCUCAGGGCUGCUCUUGUACCCCGUCCUCCGGGCCCCCCGUGUCUGCCUUCUCCCCCCUCACCGGGGAGCCUGCAGGGCAGCACUUCCCUGUCUGUCGUCAUCUCGGGCCCCGUCCCUGGCACGGAGACGAUCUCCACAGGGACGCCAAGGGAGCGCUCGCAGCCACUCUGCCCGUGUGGCCGUGCUCAAAGCAUCUGACCCCCGAACCUGUUUCAUUGAUAAACUGAGGCUAAGCAACACGCGGCAUGCUCCCGCCGUAGCGCCCCACGCUGCAGGCUUCGGCGGGUGGCCCAUGUCACCAUGGGCCCCUCCUUCCACCAGGCUUGUGGCGUGUGACCCGUGUGACAUGGGCGUGAGGCGGGCCCGCCCCUUCGCUCACCCUGACGGUGUUUCCCCGGUGCCCCUGUCUCGAGCGGUCCUGAGCACCCCGGGGGUGCGCCCGGCUCGGAGACCCGGCCGGCCGGGGGAGGGGAGACGGAGGAGCAGUGUCUGCUCUCGGUUUGGUGGGGGCGCCCAGCACCCCCGCCCCGCCCAGCUGGGGAAGGCGCACGGAGGGGCCGCAGUGAGUGGUCCGGGCCUGGGCCGGCUGGGUGGGGGGGCCCUCUCCUCUCUCCUGUGUCUCCCGGACCCGCAUCGGGUGCGUCCCCCCGGCCCUGCUCCCACUCCUUCUCCCCCAGAGCAGUGUCCCAGCCUCCCUCCCAAGGCUACCCACGCCGAUGCCCAAGGGCUCACUCUGGAAGGCACGUGCGGCCUGUCCCCAGCGGGCGGCCCUCAGGGUGGUUGGGGGCGUCGCUGGAGCCCAGCGCCCAUGUGGGAACCCCUCCUUGGCCGGCGUGGGCAGCCCUGCGGUGUCCGGUCCAGCAGGACGGUGACAGGCCGUGAAGAGGCCCCCAGGGGCGCUCAACCCUAG